AGAGAGUGACCUGUGGUCUGUACAAUUCCUUCUUGCCGCUCCCGCAGUCCCGAACGGGCAUCGGCGCAAUUCGCAAUACACGGACCCAGGCACUUAUGCGUUGGCAAGAGACUACAUCACCAUAGUAGUAUUAAUUCGAUGAUUCAAAAAAACUUCCAGUCUUGGGAUACAUGUCAAUGCAGCUCUGGUCAUUCAACUUGUUAGAAAUGGACAAUGUGAGUUUACUGGGGAGAAGGAUGGCGGUGACACCGAGCAAACCGACACAAACUACGCACGAUCAGAUCGUUCCCGGAACAAUACAAUGGUCAUACCAUGUGUCACACGACUCGCGUUCCAACGGUCGGAUUCCAGGGUUUUUCGUCAAGGAGCUUUUGAUGCGGUUCCAUGCUUGAAUAGUGUUCUCCACCAAGGGCUAUUGACGCAUGUACAAGUCCCGUUGCUGAAAUCCGUGUGCCAUCACUCCCGUAAUCCUGGCGUCAAGGGGUAUACUUCGAUCUUGUCCUUCCAAUGUUCCUGGUGUUUCCCGAUCCUCAGACAUUCGCUUCAAUGCUUCCAGCCCACGGUUGCAGCUGUGCAAGGAUCUCACCCGAUCUUCGGGUUGCCGUCCGGCCAAUCGAGCUUUCAAGAUAUCCUCCAUUUUAGAGUAGGUCCUCCAUUUCAGAGUAGGUUCUCCACGCUGUCAUAUAGCACCCUUUGGAGCCCAUGUAUGAUGGGGCAGUCUUCAGACUCCGCAGGCACGAGAAAAGGUGUUUAUAUCUUCCUCCAGCCCCUCGUCCAGCUGCAAUGGAGCGUUGGUUGUAAAGGUGGCGCAACACCCAGAUAUCGCGUGGAUUACUCUCACGCCUUUUAAGGCGUUCCAGUCUCGGUCGAGGUUGUAGAAAUGAUGUUGUACGGCGGGGAAAGCAGCCGCAGACGGCGGCCGGAACGGUUUAUGGGGAAUUUCGGUCGCGAGGAGUUUUGGAUAUAGGACCGAUAUGUAGUUCAGGUUUGCAUCUUCGUGAUAUCGUAGCGCUCAUACGGAGGUAUUUCUGUUCGGUAUCCCAAGG